AUGGAAUCGACGCUUUCUCCUUCCGCUGGGAUGGGCUCAAAUUUGGAUUGCGGAAUCGCAUCUGAUCCGACUGCAAAGCAUGCAAGCUUUGGCCCCGUCUCCGGUCUCGGUCUCGAGCCCGCGCUUCCACCGCAGCUCGUCACGCAGGCAUACAUGCAAGAAGCGGGCUACAGUAUUCCAUCGCUUUGUCGAGCCACCGGGAACGCCGAAGGAGGCGAGCAAGCUGACUCGUCGAAGCAUGACCCAAGUCGAGCUCGCCUCGUGCUCGCUUCGACUCGCGCCGCCUCCCUGGCGCCGGGCAUCCCAAACAUGAACAAAGGGCAGUGGAGGCCCAGUGGAAAUCAUGGAAACUUGAAUGCGCUGCUGCUCACCAACUAG